ACCAUGAAACCAGGGAAGUUCAGAACCUCAAACACUUGUAAUCUGUUUCAACUUAACAAAACUACUUUCUGCUCUUAUUCUUCUCAAUCUAACCGUCAUAAACCUGUUAAUCAAAAGUCCUUUUUCAAAUUUAACACCAAUGACAGUCUCAUAACCAGCUUAUGCAAAGACAACAAAUUCAAAGAAGCGUUAGACAUUUUAUGCAACCAAAAACGCUUGAAAGAAGCAAUUCAUGUCCUCCAUCAAAUCAACCAGCCCUCUGCUUCAAUCUAUUCCACUCUCAUCCAAUUUUGCCGCCAAAAUUACGCUCUCGAAGAGGGCAAAAGAGUCCAUGCACACUUAAAAGCUUCCGGGUUUAAGCCCGGUGUCUUCAUAUCUAACCGUUUGCUAGAUAUGUACGCGAAAUGUGAGAGUUUAAUUGAUGCCCAGAAAGUUUUUGAUGAAAUGAAUGAAAGAGAUCUUUGCUCGUAUAACACUAUGAUAUCCGGUUAUGCGAAAGUGGGGUUUCUUGAACAAGCAAGAAAAUUUUUCGAUGAAAUGCCUCAAAGAGACAAUUUUUCUUGGACUGCAAUGAUUUCGGGGUAUGUACGUUAUAAUCAGACAAUAGAGGCUUUAGAGUUGUAUAGAAGCAUGCAAAGAAGUGAAAGUUCGGUGUCGAAUAAGUUUACCGUGUCUAGUGCAUUGGCAGCAGUGUCAGCUAUUCACUGUUUACGUUUAGGUAAAGAGAUUCAUGGUUAUAUAAUGCGAACUGGGUUGGAUUCAGAUGAGAUAGUUUGGAGUGCUUUGUCUGAUAUGUAUGGAAAAUGCGGGAGUAUAAAUGAAGCGAGGCACAUUUUUGAUGGAAUGUUGGAUAGAGACGUAGUUUCAUGGACAGCUAUGAUUGGGAGAUAUUUUGAAGAAGGGAGGAGAGAAGAAGGGUUUGCUUUGUUUUGUGAGUUGAUGAAAUCAAGGAGUAGGCCUAAUGAGUUUACUUUUGCCGGGGUUUUGAAUGCGUGUGCUGAUCAUGCAGCAGAGGAACUUGGAAAACAAGUUCAUGGGUAUAUGACGAGAAUAGGAUUUGAUCCUUACAGUUUUGCAGCUAGUGCGCUUGUUCAUAUGUACUCUAAGUGUGGAAAUGUUGAAAAUGCGAAAAGAGUAUUUAAUGAGAUCCCUAGACCAGAUUUAGUUUCCUGGACUUCAUUGAUUGCUGGAUAUGCUCAAAAUGGUCUGCCUGAUAAGGCUUUGGAGUACUUUGAGUUGUUACUUAAAUCAGGUACUCAGCCUGAUCAUAUUGUCUUUGUUGGAGUUCUUACAGCCUGUACUCACGCUGGUUUGGUUGAUAAAGGGCUUGAGUAUUUCCACUCAAUAAAGGAGAAACAUGGGCUAACACAUACUGCUGAUCAUUAUGCUUGUAUUAUUGAUCUAUUGGCAAGGUCUGGUCGGUUUAAGGAGGCUGAGGGCAUCAUUUCUAAAAUGCCAAUGAAACCAGAUAAAUUUUUGUGGGCUUCCUUGCUUGGUGGUUGCAGAAUUCAUGGAAACCUUGAACUGGCUAAACAAGCAGCAGAAGCAUUAUUUGAGAUUGAGCCUGAGAAUCCAGCCACUUACAUUACUGUGGCCAACAUUUAUGCCGCUGCUGGCAUGUGGAAAGAAGUUUCAAAAAUCAGAAAGAUAAUGGAUGACAAAGGCGUUGUAAAGAAACCAGGUUUGAGUUGGAUAGAGGUCAAGAGAGAGGUGCAUGUGUUCUUAGUGGGAGAUACAUCUCAUCCGAAGUCCAAGGAAAUUCAUGAGUUUUUGGGCAAGCUUUCAAGAAGAAUGAGGGAAGAAGGGUAUAUUCCUGAUACCAAUUUUGUGUUGCAUGAUGUGGAGGAGGAGCAGAAGGAGCAAAAUCUCUCGUACCACAGUGAGAAGCUUGCAGUUGCUUUUGGGAUUAUUGCUACUCCCCCGGGAAAAACAAUCAAAGUAUUUAAGAAUUUAAGAACUUGUGUAGAUUGCCACAAUGCCAUCAAGUUUAUCUCAAAGAUUGUUAAGAGAAAAAUAAUUGUGAGGGAUUCAAAUCGGUUCCAUAGUUUUGAGGAUGGGAAUUGUUCUUGUAGUGAUUAUUGGUGA